AUGUUAAUGACUAUAUUCCUAAGUUACAACACUGAAGAGGAAGAGCUGAGAACCAAAACAGUGGACAACUUAAAGACAGCCCUUAGAACACAACCAAUGAGCUUUGUUACACGAUUCAGCGAACAAGAAGGUCUUCAGAGCCUGCUGAAGUUCCUGGAGACGAUGGAUUAUAAAACGUGUCAAAGUUCUAUCCACACCUCUGUCAUAGGAUGUCUCAAGGCUCUCAUGAACAAUUCCCAAGGAAGAGCUCAUGUGCUUGCUCAUCCAAACUGCAUCAACAUCAUCGCUCAAAGCCUAGCAACGGAGAACAUAAGGACCAAGGUAGCAGUCCUGGAAAUUCUCGGUGCCAUGUGCCUGGUUCCUGGGGGUCACAAGAAGGUACUGGAGGCCAUGCUGCAUUACCAGAAGUUUGCUGCUGAGAGGACCAGAUUCCAGACCUUGAUCAAUGACCUUGACAGAAGUACAGGAAUUUACAAGGAAGAGGUCAACUUGAAAACUGCCAUAAUGUCAUUCAUUAAUGCUGCCCUUAGAUACGGACCGGGAAAGGAACAUCUAGAGUUUCGUCUUCAUCUCCGUUAUGAGUUUCUCAUGUUAGGUAUUCAGCCUGUGAUUGAUAAGAUGAGAAAGCAGCACGAAAAUGCCACCUUAGAUAGACAUUUGGAUUUCUUUGAGAUGAAAAGGAAUGAAGAUGAAAGAGAGAUUUCAAAGAGAUUUGAAAAUGUCCAUGUAGACACUAAGAGUGCUUAUUCCAUGUUUGACUUACUGAGGAAGAAGUUAACCAUGACUAGCAGCUACCAGCAUCUUAUGUCCAUACUACAGCAUCUACUUCUAAUGCCAUUUGGGAAUGACAGCCAUAUUGCCGGGAUGUGGAACUUGACUGACAGACUUGUCCAGCAGGUGGCGCUGCAGCAGAAGAAUGGCCAGGAUCCUGACUGUGCUCCAGUAGAAAUGAAUGUCAAACAGAUGAUCAGACAAAUGACAAGUGGUGAGGACAUUAAAAGCUUGCAACAAAAGCUGAGAGAGAUGGAGAAAAGUCAAGAAGAUUUACAGAGCAAAGUGGCCAAGAAAGAGAGAGACUGUGAAAUAAAGGAACAGGAAAAGGAUGAGCUUGCAGAGACAGUGACCAGAAUGAAGGCUAAAUUGGAUCAGGAGAAUGCAGCUCAAAAUGAAUUAAAACAAACAAUAAAUGAACUUAAUCAGCAAAUCCAAAAUCUGUCUUCCCAGCUUUGCAGUGAGCGUGGAGAGAGACAGAAGCUUACACAUCUAGUCCAGACAGGCAGUCUACCUGACGACGCCAAGGUUGGACUGUCCACUCCCUCCGUGAUAGAGCUCGGUGUCAAUUCUCCUGUGAUCAGACCUAACGUACCUCCACCCCCACCCCCUAUCGGGGCACCACCUCCUCCCCCUCCACCACCUGCCCCAGGUGCCCCUCCACCUCCUCCAAUAGGUGGUGGUAGCAGCACUCAGAAAUUCUCCAAUAUACCUCGUCCAAAAAAUCCCAUGAAAUCCCUCAACUGGUCUAAACUCUCAGAGGCAAAAAUUGCUGGCACAGUGUGGUCUAGACUUGAUCCAGUAAAAUUAUACAGGCAGUUAGACCUGGAGGAUUUUGAAAAGACUUUCUCAGCAUAUCAGAAACAGCAGAAUCAGGAGGGGGAGGAAGGAGAAUCCAAUAAAUCUAAGGCUAAUAAGGAGCUGUCAGUCAUCGAUGGCCGCCGAGCUCAGAACUGUACAAUCCUGCUGUCCAAACUCAAGAUGACCAAUGAGGAGGUCAUAUCAGCCAUACUGACCAUGGAUAGUGGGGAAGACCUACCUAAGGAUAUGUUAGAACAGCUGCUGAAGUUUGUACCAACAUCAGAGGAGACUCAGAUGUUACUAGAGUACAGUAAGGAGAUAGAACACAUGGCCAGGGCUGACCGAUUCCUGUAUGAAGCCAGCAGGAUUAAUCAUUAUGAAGGAAGACUUAGUGCUUUAUUUUUCAAAAAGAAAUUCCCCGAAAAAAUGUCGGAUAUUAGACCCAAAGUUGAAGCAAUAAAAGGAGCCUCCACUGAACUGAUGAAGAGUAGAAGCCUGAGACAGAUCCUGGAGAUAAUCCUGGCCCUGGGAAACUUCAUGAACAGAGGUCAGCGCGGGAACGCCUCUGGUUAUAGAAUCAGUAGCCUGGGAAAUCUGAUAGACACUAAGUCCAGCACCAGUAAACACGUCACGCUACUUCACUAUCUGGUAGAUCUCGUGGAGAAAAAGUUUCCAAGCAUCCUGAAAAUUGAUACUGAACUAGCCAAUGUCAGAAUGGCUGCCAAAGUCAGUAUGUCAGAGUUAGACAAAGAUAUUGGAGACAUCAAGUCAGGUCUGGACAGCAUAGAAAAGGAGCUGAAGUUCUUUGACAAUACAGGAGAGAUGAACAGCAGAAAAUUUGUGUCUGUUAUGACAAACUUCCACAAUUUAGCAUCCUACAAUUUCUCAGAGAUGGAGGAAGCAAAGGGAGAAAUCAAGAAAAAGUUUGAUUCUGUAUGUGAAUUCUUUGGUGAGGACCCAGCUCAGAACAAACCAGAGGACUUCUUCGGAAUCCUAGACUCCUUCCUGGCCGCCAUGUCUGAUGCCAAAGCCGAGAACGAGAGAAUAAAGCGACAGAAAGAGGAAGAGGAGAAGAGACAGGCUCUGGAAGAAUCGCUGAAGAGAGAACGUGAGAGAUUACGAAGUAAGAGAAGUUCUAGUCCUGCCACCAAGGGAGAUAAGAAGGAACUAUCUAACAAAGGUGAAUUUGAUGAACUUAUAUCGGCCCUGCGGACUGGUGACGUGUUUGGGGAAGAUCUUGUGAAAAUGAGGAGGAACAGAAAGCGAGGCGGGGGUAAUGUUGUGAAUGGUAGAGAAAGGGGAGGUAAACUGUGAUCUUCAAGUGUAUUUAUGUUCACUGUAUAGUAGACAAUUGUCAUGGCAGUUAUAUGUUUCUACAUUAGAGAAGGAUAAAAACUUCAAGGUGUUGUGAAUUUAAAGCACUUGUGACUUUAUUUCUAUAAUCAGCAUUAAAUGAAGGAGGUCAGAACUGAUACAUUAAGUUAGAAAGAACAGGAAAAUACAAGACUUGACUUGCUGCUAUACAGUAUUAGAAAUAGUCCCUUUGUAGUAGAAAUCAAGUCUAACUUGUAUUAGAUGAAAGAUUUUGUUUUGCAUUAUAAUGUUGUCAAGUGCUUAAAGCAUCAUUAUGUUAGAAGUUGAUAUGAUUGUCUUUAAUGUGGAGAAAAUGGUGAUAUAAUGCACUACAUGAAAUGUGUGUUCCAGCUGAUUUUUUUUUCCUAAUCAAAGCUGGUUUAAUUCUUUUAUCUAUCACUUUUCACAUGACCAUUCCAAUUUACUGACUGUGCAUGUUGUAUGAGAAUUAAGGUUUGUAUUGUUCACGAUAUGCAGAUUCCAUAAGCAUAUACAGUCCACUCGACUUGGUUGUAUUAUAAUAUGUGAUUAUUAAACAUAAAGUGCUGUAAAUUUUUUUUUUUUUUGCUGCUGUCAAAUUUUAUACAAGGUGCAAUAUUAUUUUUUCUAAAAUAUAUAUUUUUUCUUUGGUAACAUUACUGUACUGUAUAUACUUGCCUGUAAGUUGGAUUUUUGGGAGUUAAACUUUGGUCUAAAACUCUAAGUCCGACUUAAAGGUGAGACUGGUAUUUAAGAAGGUUAGUCCCUCUAAUAUAAGCUUAAAAAAUGCAUUGGACUUACAGACGGACCGACUUAUAGGCGAGUACGGUAAAUUUUUAUAUAAUUUAGAGUGUACUUGUUACAUGUAAUAAAUUGUCUGGAAUAAUAUAAAACUAUUUGUUAUUUAUUAAGCAACAAAGUAGUAUUUGUUUAUCUAUCAAAAAGUUUACAAUAUUGCUCAACUAAAGAACAUUAAACACAAAAUUGAUUUUUUGGCUCUUAGUUAUAUUUACUUCUUUUCUAAAUCCUUUUUAAAUUGCAGAAUUGCAGGUCCAAUUUAAAUUGUACAUGUAAUAGAUUGUGUGAUAAACAUUUUUUCUGUACUUUUUAUGGCUCCCAUACUAAGUUUUACAUUAAGUAAACCGCAUCUUAUAUGAUAUUGUAAACAUAAACUAAGGGGUUGUAUUGUACAUGCAUAUUCAUUGUAAACUCUACUUAUAUACUCCAUAACCUUUAUUGUAUUCAUCUGUUGAGAAUCAGCUACCUUCUUCAUCUCAUCAAAGUGGAAUUUCAGAUUUGAUGAGGUAGGUAUGCGGUAUUUGUUGAUCUAAAUGCUGUAGAAAAGUGUGUAAUCUAUGUUGUAACUAAAGCUAUCAAUUUUUGUGUUAAUUAAAGUUAAAUUUUGUUUAAAUUAGUUAAAACACUGUAAUGAAUUUGCCAGUAAUUUGCUGUGCAAAAACUUUAUAUAUAGACUUAAUAUAUUUUAAAUUUUACAUUAUACCAACUUAAUAUUUUUUAGAAGAAUGUAUUUAUUAUACAAUGUAACUCUUAUUCAUAACUUAUUUCAUAUUGUUUGAAUUUUCAUUUCAUUAGCUGAAAAAGACUGCCACAAACAUACAUGUAAUUGAUAACAGCUCUUCCAAACAAUAACAUUUAUUUUUACAUUUAAAAACAAUUCCUAGGUCCUUGCUUUAAUUCCUUAGUUGUGAGUUCUCUAGCAAUAAAAGUAAAAUUUGCCAUCUCUUCUUGACAUGUUCCAACAAAGUACUUCACUGUACUGGACAUACAUAUAAAUUCAAUUGGUUCACCUUACAUUAAUGCAAUCAUUACAAAGUCAUGGUUUAGUGCUUUUGAACUGUAAAUAGUAGUCAAGAUUAGAAAUCAUUUUGUCAAUUUCCUUCUCAAUACAUGUACAUGGAGUUUCAAGAAGAUCAAACUGGUGCAUUCAAUUUUGUGAAUUCCCAAAAUUUUCAUUCUUGAUGUGCCUUUCACAUCAUCAGAUAAUAUUUUCCAGAAAGGUGCAAUAUGUAAAUUUUUGGUGUUUAUAGGCUCAAGUAAAAAGCAUUACGGUGAACAUUUUUGGAGUGCAAUACACAAACUCACAUCACAAAAUAGGCUGCUCAUAAAUAGCAUUUGGUGAUUUUUGUACCCUUGAAAAUAGAUAGUAAAACUUAUCAGAAUUUACAAGAUUAGUAAGGUGCAUGUCAAAUGCUCAACUUUAUAAAGUACAUGUAAUAUACAUGAAUCUGCCAUGUAUUUUUUUUACUGUAUAAUCAAUAGAUCUGAAAGAUUUCUUUUUUAUAUGUGUUUUGUUAAAAGUUACAAUAUGUUUCAUUUCCUCGAUAUUGGUUGAUUUUCAUUUUUUGUUAUUUUUGUAAU